AUGGGGGACUUUGCAACCCCCGCUGCAGCGAACGGCAGUAACAUUUGCAUCAACAACAAUGCCAUGGCGAGCGGCAUGAACCCGGGUGGAAACCCCAACAAUGUGGGCAUUCCCAAACACAGCACGGUAGUGGAGCGGCUACGGCAGAGGAUAGAGGGGUGCAGGCGGCACCAUGUCAACUGUGAGAACCGUUACCAGCAAGCCCACGCCGAGCAGCUGGAGAUAGAACGGAGGGAGACGGUGAGUCUUUACCAGCGGAGCUUGGAGCAGAGGGCGAAGAAAUCUGCAAACAGCAAGCAUCAAAAUAAACAGCAAGACCCCGAAUCGGCGUCUUCGACCGAGCAGAGGAACAACACACUUAUAGCGGUAAGUUAAAGAGACAGUCACCAGCCCAAGAUGCCCGUUCUUUAGUCUACAUAGUACCCCCUCAAAGUUGGGCUACAACUCAGCCGCCCCCGCUGGAAAAGUUGUUGAGAACAUUCUUCUAACUACGCUCAGUGAAUUGCUUUGAACUCACUACGGUUGUUUCAAAACACUGUGCCAACAAGCGCGUGUGUUUACAAAGAACGCAAUCCACUAACUUCCCCCUUGCAGCCAACAACUAACUUUGCGCCUUGUUGUAUUUUCAGAAAAUGUCUUGCUGGCUGUGGUAG